AUGAAUGUAAAUUGGCAUGAAAAUGAAGUACAAGACGUAAUAGAAUAUGAAUUCAACAAAUUAAAUGUCUUAGAUAAGAAUUGUUCUUAUUGCGAUAAACCAUUUGUCGAGAAAUUAUGGUGUAAAGAAUGUGACCCUUGGUGUAUGAUUGAAGGAUGGACUAAUGAUGGAAGUUGGAAAAAAUCAGAUCCUAAACCAAUGAAGGUUGCUUUGAAAAGGUUAAAUGGAUCACGGGAUAUGUCAGCUAAAUAUUUUAGUGAGCUUAAAGCACAUUGGGAUAUUUUUCAAACAGGAACCGAUGAAUUAUAUGAUACAAUUGAUUUUUGGAAUGCAUCUAUUAUUUAUGAUUGGUAUAAAGAUAUCAAAGAAUAUGGAUAUUAUGGAAAAGAAAUAAAGAAAGCAUUUGAAGCGGCAGAUAAAGAGAUACAAAAUAUUUCAAUUUCACGCAAAACGAAUCCUGAUGCUAUAUAUACAAGUAGAGCAUUUACAUUUAAAACUUUGACAAAACCUAUUAAUUCGUCUCUUAUCACCUCAUAUCUUGAAAAGGAUGAGAAUAAUGAAGAAUUUCAAGAUUCUCAAUUAAUUGAAUUAGGAAUUCCUAGCUCAUCACAAUUAAGAGGAUACGUUACUGAAGCGAAUACUAUUACUGCUAAUAGUUUUAACUUUACUUCCGUUACAAAUGGAAUAAUUGCAUAUAAUAGACCUACAAAUAACAAUCCUAUAUUUAUUAGUUUUACUUCGUUUGACAAACAAAUAGAUUCAGGUUGUGCAUAUUUCAUUAAUGGAAAAUUUGUAUAA